AUGUGCCCAAAACGCGGUCCGUCUGCUCGGCACGCUUACGUGAGGAGAGUGAGUGAAGACGGGAGACAGCGAGGACAGAGGGGGAGAGACACGGGGGGAAGGACACAGGUGGAGAGACAGAGGCCUCCCUCACUUCCACCAGCUCCGUUUACCCCCCAAUAUAUUCUCCUUUGCCUCACCUGCUUCCCCCCAUCCCCUUCCCUGCUUCUCCCCAUCCCCUUCCCUGCUUCCCCCCAUCCCCUUCCCUGCUUCUCCCCAUCCCCUUCCCUGCUUCCCCCCAUCCCCUUCCCUGCUUCUCCCCAUCCCCUUCCCUGCUUCCCCCCAUCCCCUUCCCUGCUUCCCCCCAUCCCCUUCCCUGCUUCCCCCCAUCCCCUUCCCUGCUCCCCCCCAUCCCCUUCCCUGCUUCCCCCCAUCCCGCUCCCUGCUUCCCCCCAUCCCCUUCCCUGCUUCCCCCCAUCCCCUUCCCUGCUUCCCCCCAUCCCGCUCCCUGCUUCCCCCCAUCCCGCUCCCUGCUUCCCCCCAUCCCCUUCCCUGCUUCCCCCCAUCCCCUUCCCUGCUUCCCUCCAUCCCCUUCCCUGCUUCUCCCCAUCCCCUUCCCUGCUUCUCCCCAUCCCCUUCCCUGCUUCUCCCCAUCCCCUUCCCUGCUUCCCCCCAUCCCCUUCCCUGCUUCCCCCCAUCCCCUUCCCUGCUUCCCCCCAUCCCCUUCCCUGCUUCCCCCCAUCCCCUUCCCUGCUUCUCCCCAUCCCCUUCCCUGCUUCUCCCCAUCCCCUUCCCUGCUUCCCCCCAUCCCCUUCCCUGCUUCCCCCCAUCCCUUUCCCUGCUUCCCCCCAUCCCGCUCCCUGCUUCCCCCCAUCCCCUUCCCUGCUUCCCCCCAUCCCCUUCCCUUCUCUACACGGCCACCGAAGCACCGCAUCCAGCAGAUCUUCGAGUGAAUCUGCCCUGAGGCUUGCUGGCGGAGCUGUGAGCAGCCUCCUCCCGAAACUGCCUUCAGCCUCCCCUGCUGCCCAGCAGGAUGCCGCGGAGCAUUGA